AUUUACGUUCUAUGAAAGGCAUUAUACAUUGAACACAUUACUACAAUUACAAAGUAUAUUCUGUUGUAUGGCAUCAAACGGUGUAUUGCAAAAACCAUGAAGUCUGCAAAACGAAUAUUAUUAUUAUCAAGCGCGACGAUUUUUCAGUGUUUAAAAUUAACAUUUGCGUUCCAAUUAAAUAUCCCGAAACCCGAUACAGUCUACCUGAGUGUGCCAGCCAAUCAAUAUAAUAGUAUCCAAUGGCUAGAAAAUCCUAACUAUAUGAAAUCGACGUGUGGGACGUUCACGGCUUACAAAACCAAAACGGUUGUUGGGAGAUGGUAUACCAUUUACGUGUCAAAUAUUCCAUCAACCACGGAUUAUUGUAGUCAAUUUACAAAUGUCCGAAACCCGUGCAGAUGUAGUGGAAUUGAUUUUACAAUAGCUAUAGAAGAUAGUGUUAUUUCAUUUGUCAUGUUUUCGACGAACACAGCAAAAAAUUCUGUGACUUAUGAGUUGGCAACAGCUUCAUUCUUCGGAAAUCAACAUUUAAACAUGAAUCAAAUAAUACUACGAAGUUUCGUGUUAAGGUCCAACGCGAAGAUGACAGGACUAGGAGGCUUUAUAAUUCCACACGGUGUUAUCGUCGAUUCUGAUGAUUUCAAGUCUUACAUAAUCAUGGUGUUCUGCAAAGAAAGGGCGGUGACACCUAUUGUUAUGAUUCUCGUAAAUGCACUACCUAUAUCUGAAAAAAUCACGAACACAACUUUAAAAUAUUUAAAUGACAAUCAAUUCAAUAGUCAGUUGUUUAAGGUCCAUCACCAUCAUUGUAAGCAUGGCCAAAAUAUUGUUGGAUACAAUCAUGAUUAACAUUUUAUUUUUAUAAAUAUACUUUAAACAUCUUUACAAAUAUUGAUGUAAAAUGUUUGAAAAUAUUUAAAAUGCAUAAAACUUAAUAAUGAUA